AUGGUCAUUACACAGAUCAUGUACGGGAUACCAUCAAACAAGCGACCAGAUGUAUUUGAAGAUGAAACAACCGAGUUGGAAGAAGAGAACGUCACUUUGAAAGACUUCGAUGAUUUAAUUAGAGAUAUUAUACACGUUUCUGAAACAGCUCAUGUAUUAGACGGCGGAGUUAGUAUGUCAUUUGGUGACAUACCUUUAACCACCUUUAGUAAAACAAUCAUUAAGCAUUUGGAUGUUAUUGAUUUGCUUAAAAAGGAAAUUAAAGAAUUACAAAAGAAGAAUCGACUUAUUAUAAGUCGAUUAAGAAAAGAAGAAAACAAAGAGAAAGAGUUAGUAAAAAAGGUCAAAGAAGAGACAAAACCUCAAAGGAGGAAAACAGAAUUAUUAUAA